GUUAAGAAGAAGCCUCCAAUUCAUUCGAGGAGUACUCCGUAGAGCUCCUCCAAAACUACGCGUCUCGGGUCAAGAUGAGUUCGUUCGGUAUCUGCUCGCAUUGCUUGCGAGCUCUCCGGCAGAGCAUUCGGCAAGAGAAGUUGCUCCUCGCGAAGUCACCAGUUUCCGGCCAGCGAUAUCUGUCCCUAGAGCAAAAGGAGACCACUCCCCAGAGCCAUACCAAACGACCGAACCUCCACAUCAAUGUUCCAACCGCCACGCCGACCAACACCACGAACCUCACAGCCCAAGUCCCAGAGGACCCUCAAGAUCAAAAUGCACCAAAACCCUCCAAAUCCAAAUCAACCCUGAAGCCCGGUCUCCCAGCAGGGCCCAGCGUCUCACAGAUGCAGGCACAGAUUCAAGAAUCCCUCAAGCGUCCCGCCGCCACCAAUCCUCUCGCCAAUCGCUUGGCACAGAGCUUCCGCAAGACUGCCAAGGGCACAACGCAGACGUACAUAACCUACGGAGAGACGGAGGCUCUUUUCAAAUCCUGUGCUGCACAAGCAGAUUACACAAUCCCCGAGGAUCAGCGCAUGGGCAUUCUCACGGGAAAAGGACCUCCCAAGACGGCUGAUGGGAUCGAUCUCGGCCAACCCGUGGCAGACACAUGGUGGUUCAAUACAAUAGGCCUGCCGCCCACCUUCUCCACCUGGUCUCAGGUCGCCUUCCUCCACAUGUACAUUAUCACGGUGCGGCUGCGUGCAGUAGAAACCGCCUCCGAGUUCCAGAACUACCAGCGCUAUCUGAUCGAACAUUUCUCACAUGCUGCGGAGGACAAGAUGGUGCUGUUGCAUAACAUGUCCGCAAGGGGUGUACGGAACAAGUACCUGAAGGACUUGUUCUUGCAAUGGCGGGGUAUUCUGGCCGCGCACGAUGAAGGCAUGGUCAAGGGUGAUGCUGUGCUCGCCGGCGCAAUAUGGCGAAAUCUCUUUCGUGGACAAGAGGAUGUUGAUUGGGAAAAGGUUGCCCUUGUGGUCGCAUUUGUGCGUAGGGCAGUCACCAAGGUUGGAAAUCUGGACAUCAACACCAUCGCUACCAGUUUGAACGGACCGGUUGGGAUCUGGGCCCAGAGUCACCAGCCUGCAGGAGACCUGGUAAGCCGGCAGAGCAGGCAGCUCAAUGCGCCGUUCACAGGGUGAAGCCGUUUUGAGCACACGAAGUUUGUUGUUCAUCGGACAGAUUCUGGAAAUCAACUCCUUCGACCUCGGCUCCAAAGGUGGGAUGCAGUUUCUUGAUAGUGAGGGUUUUGAAUUCUGGCUCUUCGCUGUAGCUGCCCAUGGUGUCGAUGCUGGCUUCGGAACUGUCCUGUUGGUGGAUUUGAGAUUCACGAUGACUUUGAUGAAAUUGUUGCUAUGGUCUUGUCUCUCAUACAGGUGUUCGGGUAUCUCAGGCUCCUUAUAUCCACUGUUGACUGGGAUGCCCAUCGAAAGGGACGCAAGGAAUCACACUUGCACCCGUCUCGGUUCUCGGCUUGUGGCUCACUGUCAAGUGAUGUGGGGCGCAGAUGUGGAUGACUUGAAGCGACACACGUCCGGCAUGUAAGAAGAGAGACAUAGCCGAAGGGCAAUGUGAUGGCUAUGAACAUCUUCUGCGUGUCAGGCAAAGCAAUGCAAGCACGGCAAGAAACCGGCUGCCUUGGCACGGGGAAUGAAUGCUUCUCGUAGCUUGCUUCGAGGCCAUGAUGGGCCGCUACUAAGAGCAUGGGGCAGUUUGCUUGAUAUGUUGCGGGGCUGGCAGUCGGAGCAUAUGUAGGGAGUCAAGUUGGAGUAUACCUAUUUUUUGCACAUUUGUAUGGAAGUACCCGGAUGACGCCAGUAAGAGUGGUGGAGGAAUCUGGGGAUAGAGGAGGUGGAUAUGCAUGAAGCUGGGGAAUUGGGGAAAGCCAGAUUUUGGGCUUCUGAGAUGAUUCAAAUCGCUCUAGGAGCCUUGUCCGAUCGGCCUUCUCUGCUGUCAUGUCUAAUCCUGUAAUGCUGGGCGUCCAAGGCUCCUGGAAUCUUGAACACUGGUCCUGAGUCGCUUCGGCAUAUGGGAUGGUGACGGGCCUUGGUGGUGGGGAGAGAUGUCGAAACCUCAGGAGUAGAGUGUGGCGGAUAGCAAGCAGGUAAAUGGAGAGAUGCCAUCAUCCUUGACAAGGGCAGUGCAUCAUGAAUUGCCGGUGCCGGUUGACUGUCUAACAGGAGGCCGAUGCUGUGAGGCUAAGUAUAUCUCUUUCCAGGACAGGUUUGAUACGCUUGGCAUGAGAGUUCGAACACGAGUUGGGAGGUGUCAAUUUCCACCCAGUGAUGCGAGACCCUAGGCAC